AUGUUGGUGGCCGGAGAGAAAACCCAGCUGCUAGUACUGUCGCAGAACGCCAAGGACGCCGUCGGGUGCACCAUCAAGGUGUCAGGGAAGACGGUGCGGGCGGGCGACUCACUGGUGCUCCUCGGCAUCGAGUUCGACCGCCGACUCCAGUUCGGAGCACACUGCCGCCGUCUGAAAAGACGAGUCCGCCCCCGCGUCGCCCACCUGAGACGCCUAGCCGGCCGCAGCUGGGGGCUGGACGAACAGGCUCUAAGAACAGUCGCCAACGGAUAUGUUCGGGGGGCUCUGGAGCACGCUGCCGCUGCAUGGCUGCCCGCAACCGCGCCAUCUCACGCCGAGCUCAUUGAGCGCGAGAUGAGGGCGGCCGCGCGGAUCGUCACCGGAUGCCCCCGCUCCACGCCGACACACGCGGUGAUGGCGGAGGCGAGGCUGGCCCCCAUGGAGGAGCGGAAGAAAGUCCUCGCCGCUCGGCUACUGGGUCGUGCCCUGGCGUUACCGCCGACCGACCCCCUGCGCAGGACAGCUGAGGCCUCGGCGCCCUCGCGGCUGUCUUCUGUGCGGGGGUGGCGAACGCUGGGCCGCCAGAUGCUGGCUGAGGUGGAGGUCACCGCACCGAUCGAGCCGGUGCUGCCUCCUCGCAUCCCGCCGUGGGAGCGCGGAGGAAACGUCACCUUCUGCCUGGACGUGGGGCCACUACGAACCGGUGCGACAGAAGGAGAGAAGAUACGGGCUGCCACCCGUCAUCUUGCCGCUCUACCACAGAGAGCAACCUGGUUGUGGACGGACGGCUCCGUGGAGGGUGGCGUCAAGGACGGAGGCUCUGGAGCAGUAGUCAUCUGGUCGGACGGAGAGGAGGAAGACCUGAAGACACCGGCCGGUCGAUACUGCUCCAGCUACCGAGCAGAGAUGCUCGCCCUGGCGUCCGGGCUUGAGCACCUGCUCGACAAUCCACGAGACCGUGACAUCCCCAUCGUGAUCUGCACGGACAGUAUGGCCUCCCUGGCUACCCUCCGGGCGGGGCCCACCGCGCAGACGUCACCGCUAGGCGUCAGGAUCUGGCGGGCGUUCUCGCGGCUGUCCCGGGAGGGUCACCGCCCGAUUCACGCUCAGCGCUCACAGCGCUCUGGGCCGCCGCCGCCAUGA